CAGCGCCGGACUUUGGCCCCUCCCUCCUUUUCGUGCCGGGGGGGGGGGCUGCAAGAAAGUCUUGUUAUUGUUAUUAUGAUGAAGCGCCCCCCCUCUAUGUCCCUUCUCAAGGGCUCCCAAUUGACUUUGCUCGGGGGGGGGGUCUCUGUUUUUUGCGUCGGGGGCGCAGUGUUUCCGCCCGGGAGAAGUCGGGCUUGAGCCUUCUUCGGGGGAGGGGCCUCGCUCCCCUUUCUGGUUCUGUGCCCCCCCCUCCUGGCGCCAAGCCCCCUCCCCCUUAAUUGCCGCCUUUGCCGAUUGUCUGUCUGUCUGCUGGAAUCUGCCCCCCCUCCCCUCUCCCCCCCCCCCCUGUUUUGUCGGGAAGAAGAAGGCGCUUCGGCAAAACUUUUUCCGCCUUUUCUUUCCCUUUUUCCAACUUUGGGGAAAGUUUUGAUUUUGCCACAAACAGGAAAGACAGGAAUUCCUGCGCCCACACUCCCGCCCCCCCCCCGCCCGGAAUAGCCCCGCUUCCUUUGAUUAUUUAUCCCCCCCCCCCCCCAAAGUCAGCGCCCCUGGGUCUCUCCGUGGGUCUCCCCCCCCUUUUUUGUGCUUUGCUGAAAAGAGAAAGGGCCCCUUGUUGGGCUUUAAGGGCUGCUUUUAAAGGGGGGGGCUCCGGGGAGUGAUGUAAUAUGAAGGCCUCUCUCUCUCUCUCUCUCUCUCUCUCUUUCCUGGGAUUGGAUUCCACCCCCCCUCCCCCCCUCCGGCCCCAGGGAUUAGUCACAGGGCGGGCGGCGCGGUUUGCAAGGAGGGAGGGGGGCUGGGAGGGGGGGGCAGAGGGGGGGGGCGGGGCCAGGGCCCCUCCGACUUCCCGCCCACUUUCCCUUUUCUUUCCAAACUUCCCCCCUUCCCCCCCCCCCACUCCCUUCCAGGAAAUCCCUCUCAAGGAGCCAAAGAGUUUCCCAAAGUAGAGCGAGGAGGGGAGACCCCCCCAUGGCAAAAAGUAAAAGGAGGAGGGGCUGUUGGAGGUGCCUUCAUCUAAGGUCCCCCCCCCCCCUUUCAAACAGAGCCUGGUCGGAAGCAAUGGGAAAGCAGUGUAAUGGAGGCAAGGCUGCCAAACACUUGGCCCUUUGUUGUAUGUUUUUCGGGCUGUAUGGCCAUGUUCCAGAAGCAUUUUCUCCUGAGGUUUCGCCCAAAAUAUACAACAACCCUGCGAUCCCGGCUAUGAAAGCCUUCGACAACACACUUGGCCCUUUGUUGUAUGUUUUUCGGGCUGUAUGGCCAUGUUCCAGAAGCAUUUUCUCCUGAGGUUUCGCCCACAUCUAUGGCGGUUGUGAGGCCACCUCUGAGGAUGCCUGCCAUAGCUAUGGGCGAAACCUCAGGAGAAAAUAACAAUAAUACAGUAGAGUCUCACUUAUCCAAGCCUUCGCUUAUCCAAGCUUCUAGGAGCCUCUGGUGGCCUAGGGGAUAAAAGCCUUGUGACUUGAAGGUUGGGUUGCUGACCUGAAGGCUGCCAGGUUCGAAUCCCAUCCAGAGAGAGCGAGGAUGAGCUCCCUCUAUCAGCUCCAGCUCCAUGCGGGGACAUGAGAGAAGCCUCCCACAAGGAUGGUAAAAACAUCAAAACAUCCGGGCAAUGUCCCCUGGGCAACGUCCUUGCAGACAGCCAAUUCUCUCGCUCCAGAAGCAACUCCUAACACAAAAAAAAAAUCCAAGCUUCUGGAUUAUCCAAGCCAUUUUUGUAGUCAAUGUUUUCAAUAUAUCGUGAUAUUUUGGUGCUAAAUUCGUAAAUACAGUAAUUACAACAUAACAUUACUGCGUAUUGAACUGCUUUUUCUGUUGAUUUGUUGUCAAACAUGAUGUUUUGGUGCUUAAUUUGUAAAAUCAUAACCUAAUUUGAUGUUUAAUAGGCUUUUCCUUAAUCUCUCCUUAUUAUCCAAGAUAUUCACUUAUCCAAGCUUCUGCCGGCCCGUUUAGCUUGGAUAAGUGAGACUCUACUGUAUUUAUUUAUUUAUUUAUUACACUUGUAUACCGCUACUCCCAGUUUGGCUCGGGGCGGUUUACAGAAAUAGAUUAAAACAAUACACUUAGCUUUAAAAUAACAAUAAAAACAGACAUAGCCCCAAGUUUUUCACCCAUCGAAAGCUUGUCGGAAGAGCAAGGUUUUGCAGACUUUUUGAAAGGCAAGUAGGUCUCAGUUCGCGUUUAAUAAUAAUAAUAAUAAUAACUACAGUAGAGUCUCACUUAUCCAACAUAAACGGGUCAGCAGAAUGUUGGAUAAGCGAAUAUGUUGGAUAAUAAGGAGGGAUUAAGGAAAAGUCUAUUAAACAUCAAAUUAGGUUAUGAUUUUACAAAUUAAGCACCAAAACAUCAUGUUAGACAACAAAUUGGACAGAAAAAAUAGUUCAAUACGCAGUAAUGCUAUGUAGUAAUUACUGUAUUUACGAAUUUAGCACCAAAAUAUCACGAUGUAUUGAAAACAUUGACUACAAAAAUGCGUUGGAUACUCCAGAACGUUGGAUAAGUGAGACUCUACUGUAUUAUUAAAUAAUAGUAACUAUUUUUAUACCCCGCCUCAAUCUCCCCAAAGGGGACUCAGGGCGGCUGACAUGGGGCCAAUCCCGAAUAAAAACAAUCGCAAUAUAAGACACAACAGUAGACAAGAGACAUGCACAAUUAUAAAAAUUUAAACAUGACAAAAACGAAUAAAAACAUGGAUUAAAACAGAGAGGUUGUAAAAGUAGAGGUGCACCAUAUAAAAUGCUUCUGCAUCAUGGCCAGACAGCCCAGAAAACACGCAGCCUUGUAAAAGCCUUCGACAACACACUUGGCCCUUUAUGCGUGACGGUUGCCCCGCUCCAGCCCUGAGGAUGCCUUUUGCCUGAGCAGCCCCCCCUCACCCGCUCUCCCACUCGCAUAUGGGGCUGGUGGUGGCGUGUGGGUGGCAGGCCUCAGUCGUGACGGUUUCCUCUGUCUGGGGGGGGGGGGGCACGGCUAUGGCGGUUGCGGCUCUUGGUGCCAGGCCCGGCUUGCCAGCCAACACUCAGCCUUUGCCUGGCAGCAGAGCCGGUCGGGAUUAGUGGGUGAGACUCGGCGGCAGCAGCCACCCACGCGCCCCCCAACACGGGCCAAGAUGAAGGUUCUGGGAAGCCCACCCAGAGGCCCACAUUGCAAUGCGAGAGUGCGCUCCUGGUAGACUUUGGCCUGCCAGGUGUUUUGGACUGCAACUCCCACCAUUCCUGGCCUCAGGCCCCUUCCUUUUCCCCCUCCGCCGCUUAAGCGGCGGAGGGGGAAAAGGAAAGGGCCUGAGGCCAGGAAUGGUGGGAGUUGCAGUCCAAAACACCUGGAGGAAAGGCACAAGUUGACCCAUGCAUAUGGUACCCUUGCAAUGCCUCCUGCACCCCACUUUUGGUUGCUCUUGUUGCAAUAACGCGUGUAUUUCUUCCAUUGCAAGGCGCCAUCGAUGGUCAGAUGCGCCCCGAUUUUGCCACUGCCAACGAUCUAUAAGACACCCCUGCGAUGCGAAGAUGCGCCCCGUUUUAGUGCGCCUUGGAGUGGAAGAAAUAGAGGAAUGGUGUUCUGCAUUUUGGGGGUGAUCAACGCCACUGCGGCCAGAGUGUGUCGAGAUGCUCUGGUGUGCAGUCGUGAUGAUGAUGUUGGAGGGUUUGUAAUAGGCCAGAUUGGAAGGGGGGGGGCUCUGCAUGCGUAUUGUCCUCCGUGGCUGCCCAGGAGCCCUCCUGUGGGGCUGGUGGGCCCAGCGAUGGCGGUGGUAUCUGGCCGUGCCAGCCGGGAGAACAGUGGCCCAUUCAGCCGCGCUGGGCAGGCAGGCGGGUGGGUGAUGUCACGGCCGCCCCCUCCUCCCCCCUGGCUAAUUAGGGAGAACAGGCCCGUGAGUGUGUGACUGAGGCUUGGCUUGUGGGGGGGAGUGGGGUGACUCAGAGGCUGGGGGUGCCAUACUGGCUUCCCUCCUCCUCUUCUUUCUCCCCCUCCUCCACCCGCCCCCAAUGUCUCCACGAACUGGCACCCCCUCUUUUCCUCUACCCCCCCCCCACCUGUACAGGUGACGCAGGUGUGAUGCCCGCUCUUCCCCAGACCCCCCACCCUGUCUCCUUGGAAAGCACCCCAGGAGCAGCACCCCACUUGAGCUCCUGUGGAUCCCCCCCCCCAAUUAAUUCUCCAUCUCUCCCCGGCUUCCACUGAGUCGUGGGGUGCUGCCACCCACUUUCCCUCCCGUUUUAUUUUUAGCCGGUUGUCUCCCUUGCUGUCGCCUGUUGCUUGGAGACUGGUGCCUGCUGCUGGUGGUGGUGGUGGUGGCAUCUGCGUGUGGCGUGUUCGUGCGAGGGAUGCGCGUGGUGGGGCCAGAGAGCGUGGCACAUGGGCGCACCACUCCUGGCGCUCCCUCUGGGCGUGGGGGCCCCUCGAGCACCCACAUGCCCUGGCCUCUUUGAGGGGGGUGCGGGCGCCCCGCGUUCUGCCCCGCUGGGGCACUCGUGGGCGCAGCCUCCCCCGCCCCCCGCCCUCCCCCUCGACCGCCGCGAUGACAUCACCGCCCUAAUGGCUCCUCCGUCUCUGCGAUGCCCUUGAGCUGGCGCCCGCGUCCCAGCCUCCAUUACAGGGCCCUGAAUUAUUGAUGGGCUCAGAGCGCCUGGGGUUUGGGAAAUGGGAAACCGCAGCCCCCCGCCCGCCCGCCCGCCCUCCCUCCCUCCUUUCCCCUCCAGCCCCCUCCCCAGGAGGCCAGUGCAAGUGGAGCAGGCCCAGAAGACCCCACCCAGGGAAGGGGUGCUGCCUGCAUUUGGGGCGGGGGUCUCCAGUCUUGUGAGCACCAGGGCCUCUGUGCGCUGGCCUAGGGCUGCAGAGCAUGGCCAGGCCCCUCCACACACACCCCAAGCCUUGUGCCAGCACCUGGCCUGCCUCGCAGGGAUGUUGUGAGCGUGCAAACUGCCCGUAAGGGGGAAAUGUUCCAAAGAGAGCGGCUCUCCUUCAUUCCUUCCUUCCUUCCUUCCUUCCUUCCUUCCAAAAAUAUCUCCCUGGCUGGGAGGACUGCUUUGUUUACGGGACACCGCUGCAGGGCAUGCUGGGAAAGGCCCAUUGUCGUCCCUCCUGGACUUCCUGUUUGCAAAAGGAGGGCAGCAGGGAGUUGGGACGGCCCUUCCUCCUGGCCAAGCAGGGCCUGUGGCAUGGGGGGGGGGGGUCCGGGGUCAAAGGCCGCCCUGAAGCCCUGGGGCCACCAGGGAGUCCAUGGGGGGGCAGGAAGGGAGGGCUCCCAAGGCCCCCCCUCCUCCUCCUCUUGGCCUUCCACCCCUCCCCCCCUCCCUCCCUCCCUCCCUCCCCAGGAAUGCCUGGGCGGCUGCAGCAGCCUCAUGGCUGGAAAAAAGGGCCCCUUGUCUGGAGCUGCUGACCUCAGCCGCUAGCCAUACCCCCCCCCCCCCCGCUCCCUCCUCCGCUGCUGCCGUUUGCCCAGGACUCAGAAAGAGAGAGAGAGAGAGAGAGAGAGAGAGAGAGAGAACAUGGCAGCAGCACACAAAGGAUAAAAGGCAGCCCCCCCCCCCCGUCCCUCCUUUGCACACUUCCAAACAUGUCGAGGCCCCUCCUUCACCUCCCCAAAGCCGUGGGGCCUGCUUUCCUCCCAGUCCCCCGAUUUCCCACCACAGCCCUCCCUCCCUCCCUCCCUCUCUUUCUCUCUCUCUUUCCCUUUUCUUCCUCCUUGAGAGUAUCUUGGCACUCAAGCAUAGUGUGUUUUGUGGGAAGGGGGGGCACCCAGGUAUGUCUCCCCAGGGUCCAGCCCUGAGUUUGCCAAGUGCCAAAACUCCCCGUGUGUGUCUGUGUGUCUGGAAGCCUUUCCUCCAGGUAGGGAGGGGUCUGAGAUCCUCCAAUUCCUCCCACCCAUUAGAAGGAGGAGGAGGAGGAUCUGGUUGGGACCUCGCCUGGAAGUCGCAAGGCGGCUUGGCCGUCCUCCCAGAUGCCUCCUGAGAGAGAGAGGGAGGGAGGGAGGGGGGCGAAGGGGGGCGGCGCUGGCGGCACAGAGGCAGCCGUGGCCGGGCAGCCGGUUUCCUGUUUCCCCCCUGCGCCCCCCCCUGACCGCUCCCCCCUCCCUCCAGUCAGAGAAGUCUUAGAGAAGUUGCAGCGCUCUUGCCUCCUCCCUCCCUCCCUCCCUCCCUCCCUCCUGCUCUGGGGCUCUGAACGACCCACAGACCGACCAACCACUGGGAUGCAAGACAGGGAGGGAGGGUUCGCCUUCCCCGACUGGGCCUACAAGCCGGAGUCGAGCCCCGGGUCUCGGCAGAUCCAGCUGUGGCACUUCAUCCUGGAGCUGCUGCGCAAAGAGGAGUACCAUGAGGUCAUCGCCUGGCAGGGCGACUACGGGGAGUUUGUCAUCAAGGACCCCGACGAGGUGGCCCGGCUCUGGGGGGUGCGCAAGUGCAAGCCCCAGAUGAACUACGACAAGCUCAGCCGGGCACUCAGGUAUUACUACAACAAGCGGAUCCUGCACAAGACCAAAGGCAAACGCUUCACCUAUAAGUUCAACUUCAACAAGUUGGUGCUGGUCAACUACCCGUUCAUCGAUAUGGGGAUGGCAGGUGGCGCGGUGCCGCAGAGCGCUCCUCCGGUGCCCUCGGGGGGCUCGCACUUCCGCUUCCCGCCCUCCACGCCCUCGGACCUCCUCUCGCCCUCCGAAGACCUGCGCUCGCCGGGGGUCUUCUCGGCCGUGGCCAGGCGCCUGGCCCGGGGCUCGGUCAGCGACUGCAGCGACGGCACUUCGGCCAACUCCGAGGUGGAGGAGUCCCUGGCCGAGGAGCAGCGGCGCGGCGGAGGGGGGGAGGUGGGCUUCCGCGGGGGGCCCCUGCCGGGCCACCCGCGCUUGGCCCACGAGAGCCUCUUCCGGGUGUACCCCCGCCCCCGGCUGGCCCCCGAGCCCCUCAGCCCCUUCCCGGUCUCCCCGCUGGCCGGGCCGGCCGCCCUGCUGCCGCCCCCGCAGCUCUCCCCGGCGGGGCUGCCCCUGACCCCCUCCCACCUGAACUACACCCCCUCCCCCACCCUCAGCCCCAUGUUCCCCCCCGGCGGGGGAGGGGGCGGGGGCUCCCACUUCUCCUUCAGCGCCGAGGACAUGAAGCGCUACCUGCAGGCCCACACGCAGAGCGUCUACAACUACCACCUCAGCCCCCGGGCCUUCCUCCACUACCCCAGCACCAUCGUCAUCCCGCAGCCCCAGCGCCUGGAGAAGCCCCCGCUGCCGCCCCCGCUGCCGCCCCCGCCGGCCGAGGAGCCCCCCGCCCCCUUCAAGUUCAAGCUCCAGCCCCCGCCCCUGGGGCGCCGGAACCGCGACAAGCAGCAGGCCCCGCCCUCCGCCGCAGCCCCCGGCGAGCCCACCGGCGGGGGGCCCUCUUCCGCCACGGAGCCCCCCCUCCCGCCCCUCCCGCCGCUGCUGCCCCAGAUCAAGGUGGAGCCCAUUUCGGAGGGAGAGUCCGAGGAGGACCUCACCGUGGAGGUGACAGACAUCAGCGAGGACGAGGACGACGAGGAGGUCUUCAAGCCCCCCGCAGCGCCCCCCGAAAAGGCCGAGGAGCCGGAGGAGGAGGAAGUGGCGGGAGAAGCUCAGGUUGUGGCCGCCGCUGUGGCCGAAGCCCCGAUGCCGUCCGCGUCCACAGCAGCCGCGAUGGAGAGUGGCAAAUGCAUCCCACUGAAGCUGCGCUUCAAGCGCCGUUGGAGCGAGGACCAGCGGCUGGAGGCCGGAGCGGGAACCGAGGAGACGGACGACAAGAAGGUCAAGGGGGAGGAGAGUGAGGACAGCGGAGGAGGAGGAGGAGGAGGAGGCGGCGGCCUGGGGGCGGGGACAGGGCACGGCGGCCGGCGGAUCAGCACCGAGCUGCAGAGGGCAACGGCCGAACUGACCCUGGAGAACCGGGAUUCCUAGAGCCGGCCCCACAGAGACCGGCCACCAAUGGACGGAUGGACCACCGAGGGCACGGCUUUGCUGCCUUAUCUCAGAGAUGACCGGCCUUUCCUCCCGCCAGACUCCCCCCCCCACCUCCCCCCUCCCUCUUCUAUCCCAAACUGUACAUUUUAUUGUUUCUUUUUAUUGUUCCUUUUCUGGACGUGGGGGUGGGGGGGAUAUCAAAACAGUUUUUACUUGUCUAUAAACGUAUAUAUAAUUAUAAAUAUGACUAUAUAUAUAAAUAUAUAAACUUUGCAGGGGUGGGGGAUUUAUAAAAGGAUGUUGGUGCAACUUUUAGGAAACUCCCCCCCCCCUUUCCCUCAAAAUGCAGUUCCAGGGCCUUUUUUAUUGUUGUUGUUGUUGUUAUUAGUGAGAGAGAAACAAAUCAGGAAAAAGGAGCAGGAGAGAAACCGCCCUCCUUUCUUUGCCUUUAUUGGGGGGACGUUAAGGCGGUGUUACAAAAGCUACCCCCCCCCCCUAUUUCUGUCUCUUUUCUCCCCCUCCCGCAGCCGCCACAAUUGGCGAGAAUAAGCACAAGAUAAGACUUUUCAGGACCCCCCUCCCCUCCCCUAUAUGGGACUGGAAGGAAAAUUAGCCAUACCUCCCCCUCCCCCCAAUUGCACUCUCCCCUCCCCCCCAAUAGCACUAAGAGGGGCGCCUGUGCCUGGGAGGUGGGAGGGGGAAGCUCGCCAUGAAAGCCCCCCUUCUUGCCUUAUAGAAACCCCCUCCUCUCUUUCCUGCCAUAAAAGUGGGCAGGAAGCCCCCUCCUCUCUCUUCUGUGGCCCCUUUUGCAACCCACCCACCCCCCAAAGAAAUCUCCUCCAAAGUCCAUCCCUUUACUUAACCAAAAAAGAAGCGGCGGCGGCCUCUGGCCCCGUUGUGCACGGCAGCUGCUCCCCCAAGUCUUGCUGGGGGGCAAUGUGUUUUGGGGGGGGGUCCGAAGGGGCCUCUAAGUGCCUGAUUAAUAAGCUCCUGUUUUGGGGGGGAUAAUAGAAGGGGCGCGCCUCCCCUUGGGCUCCCCCCUUUCUCCCACCCAGCCCCCUUCGCCUCCCCCCAAAGGCAGUGGCGUUUGGGGGGGCCCUCAGUGCCUCCUUCUGGUUCCUUCCUUUCACUCCCAGAAAUUCUGGCCAGAAACGGCCCGGGGGGGACGGCAGCCAGACGGUGCCUUCAGUUAAAAAAGAAACUAAGCAGGGAUUCUCCAUAGAAAACCCACAUCUCCCCCCCCCCCAUAAAUCCCCCCAGGUUGCGCCCCAAGCCAUGAAGGGCCCCCCAGGCCCUUGUUUCUGGGCGCCCUCCCCCCCCCCGCUCAGGCCCCGCCCUGCGUCGCAAUUGCUCUUCUGUUGUUGUUGUUGUUGAUAUUGCUUCCAGACAAACCAACGUGCCCCCUCUCUGAGCCCCACUUUUGGGGUCCGUUUCCACGCCGAGGGGUGUUUUAUGCAGCCUUAUCCAGAUCCUUGUACAUAUCAAAGAAUUGGGAGGGGGGGUCUCGAUUUAAGAAUGUAAGCGGUUUUGGGGGGGAGGGGGAAGGGGGAAGACACGUUUUAAACAAAAGCAACCAAUAAUAAAGGGUUUUGAGAUUUUA